CGCCCCCUUGAGAACAGAAGCCGCAGCCCCUGCAGGACGGGGGCCUGCGUCGCCAUGGGUUCCACCGCCCCCCGGGAAGGAGCCCUGGGCUAUGUCCGCGAGUUCACUCGCCACUCCUCCGACGUGCUCGGCAACCUGAACGAGCUGCGCCUGCGCGGGAUCCUCACUGACGUCACGCUGCUGGUUGGCGGGCAACCCCUUCGAGCUCACAAGGCUGUUCUUAUCGCCUGCAGUGGAUUCUUCUAUUCUAUUUUCCGAGGGCGUGCAGGAGUGGGUGUGGAUGUGCUUUCCCUGCCUGGGGGCCCCGAAGCCGGUGGCUUUGCUCCUCUCCUAGAUUUCAUGUACACUUCACGCCUACGCCUCUCUCCGGCCACUGCACCUGCGGUCCUUGCAGCCGCCACCUACUUGCAGAUGGAACAUGUGGUGCAGGCAUGUCACCGCUUCAUCCAGGCCAGCUAUGAACCUAUGGGCAUCUCACUGCGGCCUCUGGAGGCAGAACCUCCCAGGCCACCAACGGCCCCUCCACCAGGAAGUCCCAGGCGCUCUGAAGGCCACCCAGACCCACCUACUGAGUCUCGAAGCUGCAGUCAAGGCUCCCGCAGUCCAGGCAGCCCAGACCCCAAGGCCUGCAACUGGAAAAAGUACAAGUUCAUCGUGCUAAACUCUCAGGCCUCCCAAGCAGGGAGUCUGGCAGGAGAGAGGAGUUCUGGUCCACUUUGCCCCCAAGCCAGGUUCCCCAGUGGUGAUGAGGCCUCUAGCAGCAGCAGCCACAGCAGCAGCGAAGAAGUACCCAUUCCUGGUCCCCAGACCAGGCUCUCUCCAACUGCUACUGCUGUGCAGUUCAAAUGUGGAGCUCCAGUCAGUACCCACCAUCUCCUUACAACUCAGUCUCAAGAGACCAAUGGAUCAGCCUCUGGGCGAGCUCACCCUCCACCAGGAUGUGAAUUUUUCAGCUGCCAGAACUGUGAGGCUGUGGCUGGUUGUUCAUCUCGGCUGGACCCCAUGACUCCUGGGGAGGAGGACAAGCCCUACAAGUGUCAGCUCUGCCGGUCUGCCUUCCGCUACAAGGGCAACCUCGCCAGUCACCGCACGGUGCACACGGGGGAAAAGCCCUACCAUUGUUCGAUCUGCGGAGCCCGCUUUAACCGGCCAGCUAACUUGAAGACCCAUAGCCGCAUCCAUUCUGGAGAGAAGCCCUAUAAGUGUGAGACGUGUGGCUCGCGCUUUGUACAGGUGGCGCAUCUGCGGGCGCACGUGCUCAUCCACACCGGGGAGAAGCCUUAUCCUUGCCCCACCUGCGGGACUCGCUUCCGCCACCUACAGACGCUCAAGAGCCACGUUCGCAUCCACACGGGAGAGAAGCCUUACCACUGCGAUCCCUGUGGCCUGCAUUUCCGGCACAAAAGUCAACUGCGGCUGCACCUGCGCCAGAAACACGGAGCUGCCACCAACACCAAAGUGCACUACCACAUUCUGGGGGGGCCCUAGCCCAGUGCCGGCCCAGGCCCACUUGCUUCCUGGAAGGGAGGACAGCUGCAGACUCAGGCCUGGCUUCCCCGUCAGGCUUGGGCUUGGGGGUGUGCAAGCGCCCCGCCCCCAUCAGAAACUGCCACACUUUAAUUUCUCACUGGGGAGAGCAGGGGUGGCAGAUGCCGGCCUAAUCUGCCUCUGUUUUGCUGGUCAAAACCUCUUCCCCACAAUCAAAAUUAUUUCUGAGGAGAGCAAGCUAGAGUUUGAGAGAGGGGUUUCCUUAAGGAAACAGCCCGCUUCUCACUCAGUUAUCUGUAAAUAUAAUUUAUUUAGGUCUUUGGGUGGCACCAGGGCCUUUGUCCUAUUGCAUUGCCCACCUCUUUCACAAGUGUGAUCAGAAGUGACCUGGAACA